AUGGCCCCCUCAGACUCAGACUCUUCAUCAUUAUCGUCGGCCCCGCCGACAGACGACGAAACAGCCAUGGAGGUUGACAAGCCUACAGGCAUCGCGAAGUACUUCAAGAAGGAGUCGUCGACUCCGCCACCCAAACGAGAGCCGUCACCACCGCAUGAAUACGUUAUUGCGGACAACCCAAAUAUUCCUUUCAUCGUGAUGUUCCGCGCGCGGUUCGAUGAAGCCUUCCCCAAGUCACUGCCACAUUACGGCCCACAAGAUAUCGAACGAGGGGCUGUAGACAGCCCACCCGGAGACUAUAUUGAGCGACUGCUUUGCGCAUUGCUUGGUCUUGUUUUGAACCGCAAGAAGGAUGUUGAGCGAAACCACUAUACACGGCCGCUGGAGGAGGCGAUUCAAACACACCAGUCACAGUGGCCCAAGCUAUGGGCGGGCAAGAGUCCCCUCUCGGGGGGUCGCAGCUUUGCGACAAUGACGCCGGAAGAACGUAUCGAACUUUUGAGAUCCUUGGCUCUUUGGUCACUCUCGUCAUCUGAUGCGAUUCAAGCCAAACUGAAGGAAUCCUACAAGCAAGCCCGCCAUGAUGACGACCUCAACCAGCCUUUGUCUGUUCAACCAUGGGGCCGCGAUAGCUUGAAACGCCGAUACUGGCUGAUUGAAGGCAUGGACGAUACCCACUUUCGUCUAUAUAGGGAAAGUAACCCAGCUCUUAAACAUGUCAGUUGGUGGAGUGUUGCUGGAGAUAUUCCAGAGUUGCAAGUUAUAGCCGAUAGACUGCAAGAAGAGAAGGGCACAAAUUCUAAGAAGCUCAGCGAGAGGAUCCGAACUGCGAUUCCCCGCUUCGAGGCUUCAGAAGAGAAACGCAAGCGUCGCGACUACCGUCUUGCACGCAAAGCUGCAUUCGCCCGCCCGGAGCCCGGAUUCUCUUUGUACGAGGGUCGAACUCGCGGGAAAAAGACAAAGUAUACAUACUCCGACGACGAAGAUUUUCUCUCAGACGAAGGCCCCUCUAGAAGAUCUGCUCGUAAUACUUCUACUACCGUGACGCCGGCUGAAACAUCUCGACCUCGUUUUACCGCCAGUGGCCGGCAGAUCCGGUCCCGUGCCGGAGGGCUUUAUGGAGAGGCUUUGCUGACCGGCCAGCGCGAAGAUUCCGAAGAUGAGGCUGAAGACGAAACGAGACCGCAGCGAGCUCGUACUUCUACUCAUCCUAAUGGCUAUUCCGGUUAUGCGGCUGGCGACAUAGAAGACGAAUCAGAUGGCGCAUCGAAUGGAAAUGAGAGCGGAAAUGAUUGGAAGGACGGCGAUGAUGAUCAAAACAUCAUGGAGGGAGACGAUGAAGGAGAAGCUGCAAGUGGCGAUGAAUCAGUUGUGAACGGAGAGCCGCAUAGUCUUGUUGUCCAGCUUCGGUAUGGCAAAGGCAAAGUGCCGUCUAGCCCUGUUCCAGUCGAUGAGCCUCCUCCUGGCCAACGCUCUCCUCAGAAUGAAAUGAUUAAAGUCGAGAUACGGACAGUUUCAUCUGAUUCUCUACCACAACCCCGCCUGAACUACGCCCCAGAGUCCAUGUUGAACCCGUCGGGGCCAGCGCAGCCAGUGCAGUCAACCGAGGCGCCUUCAUCCGUUCCUCCUGCACCUCAACAGGCACCUUUGGCAGCAUCCGCUACACCGGUAUCGACCGGGCCCCCGGCUCCUGCACCGGCCGACCAACCCAAGAACAUCAGUAUUAUAGCCGAGUCGAAUGGCUCAAUUCGUCCUAACUUUGGUCCUGGAGGCCAAUCUGAAGCUGCUUUGCCCCAAACAUAA